AGACACACCGUCGAUCAUAAUAAAGUGAUUGUCCACCACAUCAGCUUGUCUUCCAACGUCAUCACUGUCCUUGACAUGGUUACACGGCAACAAGACUAUGAUUCACCCUAGGUGCACGUGAUCUGAGCGUUUGUUGAGCGAGAAGGCUGGCCGAGGUGUCCCUUGACAUUCUGGGACAGCAAAUGAGAACUCUGGAAUGUUCAGCUGGAAGAUCUCGAUCCUUCUACCAGGAAGAACCCGUGACACCGAGGCAAGUUGCACAUGCCGAGAUUUUCACAGAACAGUGGUUGCGGAGGCACGGAGAGGGAGAGACCCGGAGUUGAGUUGUGGAGCGAACGCAUCCGUGAGUCUCAGUUGAGUUUUGACGGUUAUUUGACUGACGAAAUCGUGGGGCUGGACAACUUUGGCGCCAAGACAAUUACUUUCUGUCAGUCACGGAUAAUACUUGGUCAACUGCUGUGGGGAACAACUAUGGCUCUCCGCUAAAACCCAUUCACAUCACAUGCCGUGAUUCUGUCUGACAGAAACCAUUUCUUCCUCUUUCGUCCAAUUCACGUGACUUGUGCCUCGGUACUUGGACGCCUCGGCCGUAUGCGCCCAUUCAUCUUUGGGUUCGGGCUUGGAAGACGUCCUUCGUCGUCGAUAAUCCAACUUGAACCAUCCUCACCCUGCCGGAUCCAAAUUUCGGCAGUCCUUUUCAUCCUUCUCUUUCUUUCCAUAUACAAUCUCUGUCAUUUCCCAUCUCAUUGAGUCGGUUGCAUCAGGAUCGUCUUCCUUGGGUCAUCCUCUCCCUUGCACAGUACCCUUCACACCCUCCACCUCCUACACGAUCCUGCCACAACAAUGGGUCAAGAAUUGAGAUUUGACGGCCAGACCGUUGUCGUGACUGGUGCUGGCGGUGGCCUAGGAAAGCAAUAUGCUCUCUUCUUCGCCUCGAGAGGCGCAAACGUCGUCGUCAAUGACUUGGGUGGCUCUUUCAAAGGUGAAGGCGCCGGCUCAAAGGCCGCAGAUGUCGUUGUAGAAGAAAUCAAAGCUGCAGGCGGCAAAGCUGUCGCCAACUACGAUAAUGUCAUCAACGGUGACAAGAUCAUUCAGACCGCCAUCGAUGCCUUUGGUCGGAUUGAUAUCCUCAUCAAUAACGCCGGUAUUCUGCGUGAUAUCAGCUUCAAGAACAUGAAAGAUACCGAUUGGGACCUUAUCACAGACGUCCACAUCACCGGACCCUUCAAGACUACAAGAGCCGCAUGGCCAUACUUCCGUAAACAAAAGUUCGGCCGAGUCAUCAACACCGCAUCUGCCGCCGGUUUGUUUGGUAGCUUUGGACAGUGCAAUUACUCCGCUGCCAAACUCGCCCAGGUUGGUUUCACCGAGACCUUGGCCAAGGAAGGCGCCAAAUAUAACAUUGUCUCCAAUGUCAUUGCUCCUAUCGCCGCCUCCCGCAUGACUGCAACCGUCAUGCCCCCUGAGGUUCUCGAGCAACUGAAGCCCGAAUGGGUCGUUCCCCUAGUCGCUGUGCUGGUGCACAAGUCCAACACCACUGAGAAUGGUUCCAUCUUCGAGGUCGGUGGCGGCCACGUUGCUAAGCUCCGCUGGGAACGCGCAAAGGGUCUCACUCUGAAGGCUGAUGCUUCAUACACUCCUAGUGCCAUCCUGAAGCGAUGGUCUGACGUCAAUGACUUUUCCGUUCCUGAGCAUGCCAGUGGUGUUGCCGAUAUGGUCACCAAGCUCGAGGACUCGCUCAAGAUCAAGACCAAUGAACAAGGACCCGAAAUUAGAUUCGAUGACAAAGUCGCACUGGUGACUGGUGGUGGUGCUGGCCUCGGUCGAGCCUAUGCGCUUGCAUUCGCUAAGCUCGGCGCCAAAGUCGUCGUUAACGAUCUGGUCAACCCCGACACUGUCGUCAAUGAAAUCAAGGCUCUUGGUGGACAGGCUGUCGGCAACAAGGCUUCAGUUGAGGACGGUGAUGCUGUCGUCAAGACCGCCAUUGAUACCUACGGAAGAGUCGACAUCCUCAUCAACAAUGCUGGCAUCCUCCGCGACAAGGCUUUCACGAAUAUGACCGACGAGCAAUGGCACGUCAUCAUGAAUGUUCACUUGCGAGGCACUUACAAGGUCUCCAAGGCUGCCUAUCCCUACAUGGUUAAGCAGAAGUACGGUAGAAUUAUCAACACCACCAGCACCAGUGGUAUCUACGGAAACUUUGGCCAAGCCAACUAUGCCGCAGCGAAAGCUGGUAUUCUCGGAUUCUCGCGUGCCCUUGCACUGGAAGGCCGCAAGAACAAUAUCUUUGUCAACACAAUUGCCCCCAACGCCGGCACUCAGCUCACCCGAACUGUGAUGCCUGAAGAGUUGGUGCAGGCUUUCAAGCCUGAAUACGUCGCGCCUCUCGUGCUCCUCCUGUGCUCAGACAAGGUGCCCGACCCACCAACCGGUCUCCUCUUCGAGGUCGGCAGCGGCUGGCAAGCUCGAACACGAUGGCAACGAUCUGGCGGUGUUGGCUUCCCCAUUGAUGUCAAGCUGACCCCCGAGCACGUUGCCGAGAAAUGGGCCAAGAUCCUUGACUUUGAUGAUGGCCGCGCUGAUCACCCCGAGGGAGGCCCAGACGGUCUCCGUGGCAUCAUGGCCAACUUGCAGAACAAGAGCAACAAGUCCAGCUCAAGCUCCAAGGUGGAUUACCUUGCCAACAUCGAGCAGGCCAAGAAGGCAAAGGCAAAGGGCACCGAGUUCUCGUGGGAUGACAGAGAUGUCAUUCUCUACAACUUGUCUUUGAACGCUAAGAGAACCCAGCUGCCUCUGGUCUACGAGAACAAUGAAGACUUCCAGGUCCUUCCUACCUUUGGUGUCAUCCCUCCCUUCAAUGCCGAAUCUCCCUACAGCUUUGACGACAUCCUACCCAACUUCAGCCCUAUGAUGUUGCUCCAUGGUGAGCAGUAUCUGGAGAUCCGCAAGUUCCCAAUCCCCACAAACGUCAAGACAGUCAGCUUCCCCCGUCUCGUCGAAGUGGUCGACAAGGGCAACGCUGGAUUGGUCACCUCCGGUGUCACCACCAAAGACGCCAAGACCGGAGAGGAUCUCUUCUAUAACGAAUCCACUGUCUUUGUCCGUGGAUCUGGUGGUUUCGGCGGCCCCAAGAAGGGUGCUGACCGUGGCAAUGCCACCACCGUUUACUCACCCCCCAAGCGUGCUCCCGACGCCGUGGUCGAGGAAAAGACAACCGAUGACCAAGCCGCCCUCUACCGACUGAAUGGUGACCGCAACCCUCUUCACAUUGAUCCCGAGUUCAGCAAGGUUGGUGGCUUCAAGGAUCCUAUCCUCCACGGUCUUGCCUCGUUCGGUUUCAGCGGUAAGCACAUUGUGCAAACCUAUGGACAAUUCAAGAACAUCAAGGUCCGCUUCGCUGGUGUUGUCAUUCCCGGCCAGACCCUCGUCACCGAGAUGUGGAAGGAGGGCAACAAGGUCAUCUUCCAGACCAAGGUUAAGGAGACUGGCAAGUUGGCCAUUGCAGGAGCUGGCGCUGAACUUAGAGGAGGACCUAAGCCGAAAUUGUAGACAUAUAUAGCAUCUGAAAGCCUCUGAUUAUGUAGGGUUAAAAGGUACGCUUUGAAGCUUUGUUUGACAGGGGCUUUUCUGUCUGUCAUACUUUGCAUUUCAACAUAUGACUCUCA